CUGUAAGCCCCGCCCCCCUCAGAUGAAGCGCUCAGUAAACGGCAGUUAACGUUAGAUAGUAUUUAGUAAACCGUCCCAAAGUUCGAGCGACAGGAGCCGUUUAUCCACACACGUCUCACCCACAACGAGCUGCUUUUCCCCCCCUUCUUCUUCUUCUUCCUCCAAACUACGGGAUGGUGUGAGUGUCCGGCCCCGGGAGGAGAAGAACCGCUCUGAUAUCCGCAUCCAAACCGGAGCGACUUCAAACUUUCAACCAAGUUCACUUGGACAUUUUCUGGAGACUCUGCCUUGCUGAGGGCUGAAGCUGACUUCCUGUAGACUGCUUCGUCGAGAAGGAAACCUUUGUGAAAAGCAAGAGAAAGGCCAGUUCGUCAUACUGGAAGCUCCAGGAAAAUUACAAAAUGGCAAGAAGAUCCUCAGUAACCUUAAUACUUCUUGCAAUAUGUUGCCUGGCAUCUGCAGGGCCGCUUUUCCGCAGCCCGUGUGAGCUGCUGCCAGUGGGGACGGGACACCCGGUGCAGGCCACGUCGAAGAGCUUCACUGCCCUGUCAGGCUGUGCAAGCAGAGGCACCACCAGUCUCCCUCAGGAGGUCCACAUCAUCAACCUGAGAGGACACGCUCCAGAGGGACCAGACAACACCCCGGCAGAAGUUGAGCUGCAUCUGAAACCCAUCCAGUCUUUGCUGCGCCACCAGAAGCCACUGGCCUUCGUGCUCAACUCCCCCCAGCCACUGAUCUGGAAGAUCAAGACAGAGAACCUUGCCCUGGGCAUCAGGCAUACCUUUCAUGUAUCUGAAGGCUCAGAGGUCCAUUUUCAGCCAGGAAACUUCUCCCUCUUCUGCCAGAUCCAGAAGGACAACCUUCCCCAUGGCAAUGAGCACCUCCUCAACUGGGCCCAGAGGAAGUACAGGGCCGUCACCUCCUUCUCUGAGCUCAGGAUGACUCAAGACAUCUACAUCAAAGUAGGAGAAGAUCCAGUGUUUUCUGACACCUGCAAGAUUGAUACCAAGUUCCUGUCUCUGAACUACCUGGGCGGCUACAUGGAGCCACAGGCAUCAAAGGGCUGCGUCCUGUCUGGCCCCGACACAGACCGAGAGGUCCACAUCAUCGAGCUGCAAGCCCCCAACUCCAGCAGCGCUUUCCAGGUGGAUGUCAUAGUGGAACUACGGCCUCUGGAGGACGACGGCCUGCUGCACCGUGACGUCGUCUUGGUCCUGAAGUGUGCCAAGUCUGUCAACUGGGUCAUCAAGGCCCACAGUGUGAUCGGCAAGCUGGAUGUUGUGGCCUCUGAUACCGUCAGUGUUAGUUCAAAUACAGAGAGACUGGUGCAAGUGUCCAAAUCCCCCAAGCAGCACUUGCCAUCCGGGUCACAAGCUUUGAUCAAGUGGGCCGGCGAGCAUGGCUACAGUCCAGUCACGUCUUACACCGGCACUCCUGUGGCCAACCACUUCAAUAUCCGACUUAGAGAGCCAGAUGUGGUGGAUCCUCUGGAGAGCAAGUUUCCUCCAGAGCUGUCCAUUCUGCGUAACUCCAGUCCUCAUCCAGGAGUGGGAACGGCUUCACGACGCUCCAGUCUGCCCUUUUCCUUCCCUCAAACUCUGCCUCUGCCCUCCGCCCUCGACGAGCAGCCCUGGGAGCAUGGAGAGCCCGAGGAGGGUCAGGGCGCUCUGAGCGUCGGCGUCAGCGUGCAGUGUGAAGACAAGAGGAUGGUGGUCAGCAUCGACAAAGAGAGCCUGCAAGCGAAUGGGUUCGCCCAUGCCAACCUAACACUGCAAGACCCAGACUGCAAAGCAACAGUCAAUGCCACCCACUACACACUGGAAACUCCUCUGACUGGCUGUCAGACCACCAUAUAUCCUCUGGAGGGCAGUCCAAUGGCCCUCCACAUCAACUCUGUUUUGAUAAGUCACUCUGAGUCAAAGGAUGGGAGCGGUGGGCCGCUGGACGACGACCUGGAAUCUGGAGACCUGGUGUUCCCUCGGGACCCAGUGGAGCCCACAGAGCACAAGUCUGUCAUAGCGUUCAAUUGCACGUACAGAAACAACCAGGAACCCUCAAAAACAAUUCCCAGGAUUGUACCAGGACCAGGGAUUCAGCCGGGCAAAAACAUGAAGUUUAUCAUGGAGUUGUACAACACACUGCCGUCCAACAACCCCUCAAACCAGCCCUUCUAUACUGUCUCAAAAGAUCAGCAAGUCUUCGUGGAGGUCACGUCAACUGCUUCAGAUCCGGAGCUGGGAUUCACCAUCGUAUCGUGCUUUAUUUCUCCCAAUUCCAACCCCAGUGUGGCCUCAGACUACACUCUCAUUGAGACAGUCUGCCCCAACGAUAGCUCCAUCAAGUACUAUCCUCAGGGGGACUUCCCUGUCCCUCACACACAGUUGGAGAAGAAAAUGUUCAGCUUCACCUUCAAGUCAAAGUUCAACAUGUCCCUGCUCUUCCUUCACUGUGAGAUGUCUCUGUGCUCCAAGAAAUCUUACAGUAACCAAAGACUACCACGGUGCCUACAACCCUUUGAGUCCUGCGAUUCUCUUUCUGUGGACAAUAUCAUGAUGAUGAUGAUGAACACCAAGACAUCGACCAAGCCACUGGUUGUGGUAGAUGGACCGGGCAUACCAGAACCCCAAACCCCACCGGGUCCCAACGAUAGGAAUAACGUCAUGGUCGGCUACGUGCUGGACACUCCAACAGUGGUGGGAAUCGCAUUCGCAGCUUUUGUGAUCGGGGCCCUGUUGACCGGAGCCCUUUGGUUUAUCUACUCACACACAGGUGAGACGGCGAGCACGCAGCCGAUCCAGAAGUCGCAGCCCGCUUCAGAGAACAGCAGCGCGGCCCACAGUAUCGGCAGCACACAGAGCACGCCGUGCUCCAGCAGCAGCACAGCGUAGCCCGGGACACGACCCAGCUGGACGCAAAAGUCCUGCCGCUUCACCAGGAAGGGCACGACGGUUCACGAGGGCCGGUUUGUUGAUCUCCUUCCAUAAAAGGAAUUAUUUCUGGGUGGGGGGGGGGAUAGGAAGGGAAAAUCUAAGAUUAUGAAACCAGAAGAAGAAAACACGCAAUAACACGUUCGGCCCUUGUGUAAAUUCCUUUUGUGUCACUUCAGUUGUGUGCAGUAUAAAUAUGCUGUCCUGGUGUUAUUGGUCUGUAAUAGAAUAGAGCCCCAGCUUGGCAGCCUCACCUCCAGUACAAGACGUUACAAAGCAACAAGUGUGAGCUCAAACCAGGCGUUUCUUUUUAAUCAAAAUGCUGCUUUUUUUUUUUCAGGCCACAACACCGCCUCUUGUUUUGUUACCUUAAAUGGUGUGAUUUAGGCUCUUUGUAACGAGAAGGUGUACUUCAACAGCGUGCAAAGAAAUCAAGCUGCAGUGAUGUCAGUAUCAGUAUAAGUAAGAUGUUUAUGGCUGGACUAUGACACGUUACUUCAUGACAUGCAACCCUGAGGGUGGCAGAGGAGCAAAGAAACCACUAUUAUCAUGCGGACAGAAGUGCAGUAUGAGCGGAAGUUGUCAUCUUGACACAGAGAGAGGUGACGGCUGUUUCAGAGACAGUGUAGGUAUUGAAUGUAAACAGAAGAGUAAACGCCAAAAAAUGUGAAAGAAAAAUGUGAAAGACUUGCAGAUACAAAAGCCACAUUUUACAGUGUACUCACUUCACUCCCUCCCCUGAUAAAAACACAGUUUUACCAGUGUUUUCUAAACAGUCAUUACACAAAUUCAAGGGGCAUUAUGGGUUCCCUUUUAAUAGUUAUAGUUGAGGGAAUAGUUUAACAUUUUGGGAAACAUGUUUAUGUACUUGUAUGCAAAAGAUUUGAUGAGAGUAUUGAUAUCUGUGCCUUGUCUGUGCGUCACGUACGGAGCGUGAUUCUGGUGGUGAAUAGCCUAGCUUAGCACGAAGACUUGAAGCAAAUAUUUUAACAUUUCUACAUUUACAAAGCCAAAGACGCAGCGACAGUGCUCCUGCAACUUUUAGAGUGAAAGCUGCUAGCUUGUUCAGCUUCACGUUGCUAGGGUUAGGGUAACUUUGUAUUUUGAGCAUGUAGGUUGCUAGCUUGGCAGGUUUUCUUGUUGUUAACCUUCAAGACAGAGAUUUAGAAUCAGUCAGCUGAUUGGCAGGCUUGUAGCAACAGUUUUCAUUUGAUGGGGGAGUUGAAAAGCAUAUUAGUAACAGUUAGCUAGCCUAUAUCCAAAGCUAAAAACUCCACCUGCCUUACCAGCUCUGGACAGUCUGGCUAGCUUCCCCCCAGCUUCUGAUGUUUAUGCUAAGCUAGGCUAAUCACCUCUGGGCUCCAGCUCCAUACUCAGCGCACAGCCCUGAUUUUCCAAAACGCUAAACUAUUCUUCAACACCUGUAUAUUUUUGUGAAUAUUGUAAAUACUCAAAAGUGUUAUGAGACAGAGUGUGUGCAAAUUCUGUUUUGGGGCUUCUGGAUUAGACGGAUUGACCAGUGUGAGGUGCAAGUUUAUUCAAUUUCUCAUUUGUAAAAAGCAAAGAAAUAAGAAUCACAGUGUUGAAUGACAGGUUGUACUGUGGGUAUAAUUUAAGGGCUGUUUCUUACAAUCAUUGAUUUAUCUGUUGAUUACUUUCAGUUGUUUAUUAAGUCUAUAAAAUGCCUGAAUAUAGUAAAAAGGGUCCAAAACACAAAGAUAUGAAUUCAUUUAAAAUGGCAGCAGAUCGGCAGCAAAUCCUCACAAUUUAGAAACUCUUUGAAAAUGUGUCCUUCUUGAUUAUUCAACUAAACAGAACUUCUUAAUCCAUCAGCUGUUUGUCCUCUCGUCAGACAGAUCCCGAAGAAAAGUAGAUUUGUUACACUAUAAAGCCAAAUGUACAGUUUAUGGAUUUUUUAAAACAAAUUUCAUUUUUUAAAUAAUCUUUUUUGUAUAAAUCUUGGCACUGACAGUGUUAAAUAAGCUGAAGCUCAUUGUUAUGGACAUUUCUUCUCAUGUUUUCUGUCAACUGCAGCACCCCGACCACCCCACCGCCUCAGAAUAAUAUGAAUGUUUGCUGUAGCGCCUUCCUUUAACCCUUUAUGUGUUAAUAUCACAGUGUGUUUGUGUGUUUGUGGGACUAACUGGGCUCUUUGCAUUGAGAAGGGACGUCUCCCUGUAACGAUUUUAAUCAUGACAAGAAAAACCAGAAUGUAUAUUAUCUCAAAGCUUUUUGAUUUUUUUGUUUUUCUUCUUCUUCUUAUGUAAACUUGUAUAAAGCUUUUUACAGAGGGAACAGAGUAUAAAUAUAUAUAUUUGUGUAUAGAAUUAUAUUUUGGAAUAUAUUUACCGAGAGAAAUUUAUUGUCUUCUAUGUGUGUGUAAGUACUGUGAAUUGUGGAUGUGCUCAUACGUAACACGCGUUUGUGGGGGAAUCGUUCAGUUUAUUCAUCAAAACGCCUCAUGACACGUUUUAUGACACUUAAAGAGGAAAAAUACUCAUAGAUGCAAAUUCAAAAUUAUUCAGCUUAAGCUUUUCGUUUUUUAAAGAAUCACAUUAACAGUUUAUAUUGAGGAAAUGUGUCUCUGCACUGACAUCAUGUUUAUUAAGCUUUUAAACUUUUAUAUUUCAGUAGUUAAUAGAAGAAUGUGUCAUAAAACAUGUUGUUUUUAAUAUAAGGGCUUUCAAACAAAACGUUACCUUCUUCUGUACGUGGAAUACGACUCUUUGUGUUUUGUUUAAACAUAAUUAUAGUUGCAGAUUGAUCGCAGAUUUUAUAUUGAAUGUUCACUGAUAUAUUUUCUUGUGAAGUAAAGAAAUCAGAUAUUAUAUAACUUUACAAAGUUACUAUAUCUUAAAUAUGUAAUUUCAUAUCAUUGAAGAUAAGCUGUUAGUGAUGAAUAUUAAAAUUUAGGUUAAGUUCACCCCUCCAAAACAAUAAUUCAUUAUUCAUAGUCAUUGUUUGAUCUUCCUCCUGCAGUUGGGAAGUUGGGGAAGUUUUGUAGUCCACAAAACAUUUUUCUGGAGCUUCCGAGAGAAACAGCGUUGCAGCAUUCUCUUAAACAACUGAAGCAGACGGGACUCAGUGUAGAUAGAUUCAAAUCGAUCGAUCAGUACAUUUUAUCCAGAAUGAUCCCAGAUUGAAGAGAUGUUUAUCUUGUUUAAGCUGCUGUGCUAAUAGCGUUAGCAUACCCCGUGUGAAGUACGUGCAUGAGCGUGACCGCAUGUCAAGGGUGUAAAUAAUAUCUUUUGAAAUUAAUCAUAGAACUGCUGGGUCACACCGGACGUACAGUGUUAUUUUUUCUGUAGUUUGGGAGACGUCUGUUUAACUGUGAAGCUCCAGAAAUGAUUUGCAGACUACAAAACUUCACCUGACUUUCAAUCAUCCUGAGGGAUAAACAACAUAAUGACUGAAUUUAAAAUUUUUUGGGGCCGGGGUGAACUGUUCCUUUAAACUACAUUUCAACACGAGUGUAUUUCCCCACAAACUCAACGCUCGGUUACUGUAACGGCAAAACUCAGAUCACCAGCUUGUUUGGGUCCGUCUGUUGUCACAGCAACAAUGUUUAUCCCAAUAAAAUCAUGAAAACUGAAGCCACUGAUGGCCGCGUUCAAACCAGAGUGGAAUGUCCAGUAAGCGUGCGUGCGUUCAGUUUCGUGGAGGGUGGACAGGAUCCAGCCGUGUUAUUUUCUUUCUGGAAACUGUUUUCAAUAACACUUGAGAAAUCUCUUUUAUUCGAGUUGUAUUAGAACCACUUGGUCUUAGAGCGACAUUAGAACUUGUUUGUUUGAUCGGGCCUGUUGCCAGGCGCGUCAAUGCCAGAACCCAGCAGAAACCUCCCGUCAGUAAAGCUCUCUCGUACGGUAAACACACAGCGGUGAUACGUCGCGAUGUUAUCGAGCGGCGUCACGGCGAACAACAGCAGCCGUGUCCCGCUGUCCACAGAGCCGCGAGGGAUCCAUGUGCUGCAGCCUAUAAUCAGCGGUCACUGUGGGAUGAGGGCUGUCUGACAUUCCUGUAGUUUUGAGGUCUCUCUUAUCGGCUGCGGUUCAUCCGUCUUCCAUAUGUAAUCAUCUCCUCCACCCCCCUGAAGUCAUGCUGUCAAGUGGCUGAGCGUUGAGUUAUGAUCUGGAUUUAAUCUUCCCAUUUGUGAUCAUUUGGGUUUUGUUUUUUUUUUUCUUUUCUUUUCCCCUCCAAACUAACAAUACAAUUCACAAGAGUUGCUUUUCCAAAUAUCAACAUUCCUCCCUGCCUUGCCUUUGACCCCGGUGGAUGCCAGGAAAACUCCACCACUUCCCCCACAUGACAGUGAAGUAUGCAAAGAUAAUAUGGGUAACACUUUAGAAUAACAAUCAUUAAUAGUUGGUAUAUUUACAGUUGAUUAAAUGUUAGUUAGCAGACGCUGGACUGUGGACAGCCCUAACCCCUAACUAACAUUGAAAUAUAAACGAUUGAUUAACAGUAAACAAUUGCUUAAAGGUGCGGUACGUAGAUCAAAUUAUCAACAGAAUGUGUAUAAAUAACAGUUUUGACGUCUUUGUUUUGGUGCUGCAGGAGUAUCUAUUGAAGCUAGCAUGCUAAUCAGCUAGCCCCUCGCUACGUUGUGCCUCAAGAGGUGAUAGUUCGAUAGUAAACAAUGUCAACAAUCCCCCCGCAGCUUCCAGUCCAAAGAAAAUCUGAUAAUCCAAGCUAGCUGCGUCGCUAGCUGCGUCGUUAUAUGACCUCACGAGCUAACAGCAUCUGCAGUUAGCAUCUCUUAGCGGUUGUGUGAUAUGCUGCCCCCUCUAGGUUUGGAGUAAGAAGUCAACAGGUGGCCAAUUCUUACAUGUAGCACCUUUAAAGAAUCGUUUAUAAAUCAUUAAUAACUAUAAUAAUAACUAGCAACUAGUGAAAGUGUAAUUAACCACACAUGUAUCACUUACUAAUGAUGGUUAUUAUAAAAUGUUACCAUAAUAUGUCAUCAGUUUAAAAUAAUGUUGCAGACAAAAGAUAUUUUCACGAUCGGACUCAAAGUCAAUGCUGAACUGGGAACAGCUGUAACCGGAGCACAAAUCCAUAUAUCUAGUCAUUGAUUGUAUUUUGUUUUUAACCAUUUGACUACCUCAUGUUUGUUUGUUUUUUUCUAUGAAUGUGUACUUUGUGUACUGUGUGUGUGUUGUUAGUGUGUGUUUGAACUCAAGAGAAAUGUUCACAGGUUAGACUGCAGUCAGAUGAUUCGGGGGCCCUUUACGUGGUUUUUAAUUGCAGUUUCACUUUUGUAUUUUUCCGAUCUCAAAGCAAACAAUGAAGAGUUUGAGCUUCUUUCCCGUGAUGCCAAGAUUUUCUUUUUUUCUGGGGGGCGCAUUAUGUCAAUGUAUAAAAUCUUUGAUUAGCCGUUAUUGUUUCCUUUGUUUGUUUUUUGAAAAUGUUUUAUAUGCUGUAAAUACGCAUGAUCUUUGUAUACCCAUUAUGUCCAAUAAAUUUUCAUAAUAAUUUACAA